AUGGUUCAAAUCGAAGUGGUAAAGAACGUGCAUACGUCAGAUAUAAAGGACGGAGUUAUCCACAACGGCCUGCUGUACACGGUGGGAAGAGACAGGCACGUCCGUGUUUCUACGCUUGACGGUUUGGAAGAGGUGUGGGUCUCUAAGGAUUUGGGGGCGCCUGCAAACUCUGUCUGCGUGCACAAGGAGUGCGUGUACGUGGGGCUUCAGACAGGCGAAAUACUGAGAUAUCGAAUAUCCUCGAAAAAGGAGGCUUCUGGCAAGGCAGAAGAGGGCGCGGUCUCUCUCGAGCUCGAAAGCCGGGAUGCGGUGCAUUCAGAUAACGUGUGCUCUCUCAGCGAGUGCAGCGAAGGCGUUCUCAGCACGUCGUGGGACAGCACAGUGGGCCUGACAAGAGAGUCGGGCCCUUCUGAAGUUUCUAAAAUAGAAAACACGGCGUGGUCGGCCAAGAAGCUGCCAGAGUCUGACACGGUGCUUGCAGGGUCCAUAAACGGAGCUGUUUCUGUGCUGAGGAAAGUGAGCGGAACCUACCAGCAGGAAAAAGGGCUUAAAAUGCACUCUACGUGCAUUCGGGACAUUGUGAUGGAGGCAGACAGAUACGUCUCUGUCUCUAACACCGGAGUGGUUAUUGCAUCAACCCACUCCGGGCGGGUUUUGCACAAGACAGACCUAAACAACACGAGCUUCCGGGUCAACGCGUAUGCUGGCGAGUCUGUCCGCGGAUACAUUGUUGCGUCUGACCAGGGAAUGGUCUAUGUUCUGGACCAGAACCUGGAAAGCCUUUUCAGCAUUGCAGCACCCACUCUGUCCUGCUGGAAUGCGGUGGCGCAUGAAGGCAGGGUGUAUGUGCUCGGGUCAGACGGGCGCAUCUAUGUGUUUGGAGAGAAUAAGAGCGAAAAGUACCAGAAGGUGCUGGAAGAGAUCCAGGACGAGCUAAACAGCGCCAGGAAAAGCGCGGAGGAAAAGGCGCCUAGCCCUGCCGCGGCCUCGUCGGAGGAGAAAGACAGCCCUAGAUACAAGGUGGUGGACGGGAAUGUGUACGUUAUGAAGGACGGCGAGUGGGAGCUUUUUGGAAACCAGAUAGAGGAAAAAAAGAAAGACCACACAAUUACCAUAACGCUGGGAAGUGCCAGCUACACGCUGUCGUUUGACAAAACAGAGAACUACUAUGACGUAGCGUGCGGGUUUGUGAAGCAGAACAACCUAGGCGCAGAGUACGUUCCCGAGAUAGUUGAGUUUCUGAACAAGAACUUCUCCAAGCCAGAAAAAAGAGAUAUUUCUAAGUAUUUUGUGUACGACACAAUAAACAUGGAAGUGGUUGGAAAAAAGAUAGAAAGCCUCCCCAACGCCCCAGAGGUGGUGGAGUAUCUCAAAAAGACGCAGGAAACUGGGAGCCCCCAGGAGAACGAGCGCGAAAUAGAGGCCAUUCUGGGGGAGUGGCUGGAAAAUGGCACAGAAAAAAUAGCUGUUUUGGACAUAUACAAGUAUUUAAUAGCAAAGGGCGCAGACUUUGACCUUUUCUUCCUGAAAAGCCUGAAGCCGCUGGAGUGCAAGAAAACAGCUCUUGUGUUUGCGCUUAUUGCUACGAAUGUGCUGGCAAUGCGCCCAGAGUGCAGGACUCUGGUGGACGUGACAAUGAUGAAAAUCAUCGACAAAGGCCUAGUGAAUGUAAAAAUACUGCAGAAUUACAAGAACAACAAAAAUGUAUAG